GGCUUGAUCACAAGCGUGCACUGAAAAACUCUUUGCGCAUCAUUUUCAGACUUGUGGAUAGUGGCCCACACGUUCGAUGAGAGCGGUCUCUCGGCUUUUGGUCGCGGCAGUAGCUGUCACCGUAACCUCGGCUCGAAGUCUCGGUAGUUCUAGUUUUGAAUCCAGCGAGGUAUCGGACAGCGGCAGUGGCUCUCUAGUUGACGAUGACAGCACACUGAACGAUGAGGGUGGCAGCAAGAUUGACUUGGAUGACCUAUUUGGUUCCGGAUUCGAAGCUCCAAGUUCCAGCAGCGACAGUAAUCUAAACAACCUAUUUGCUUCAUCGUCCAACAGCGAGAGCAGCGAACAAUCGGACUCGGCUUCAAACGAAGAAUCUGCAAGCAGCUUGUCUGAAGCCUCCACGGCGGCGGCUUCAUCGUCAGCUUCUGCAGAUGUCAUUGGUUCUGAGUCCGAUUCGGCCAGCGAUGAAGAAGAGUCUGCGGCUGACAGCUCAUCUGAAACAGAGACUUCAGCUGCUACAAAGGCUCCAGAUUCUGCAGCUACUGAGGCACCAGUAGCUACAGAAGCACCGGCACCUGCCAUUUCUGUGGAGGAUUCUGUUCAGCUAAGUGAAAGCAUUGGUGGACCCCACGGAAACGAAUUCUCGGAUGAAGCAGCAGCAGCUGCAGGACAAACCGUUGGGUCGAUUACGAUCCGGUCUGGUGAGCGUGUAGAUGGUGUCUCACUCAACAUCAAAGCACCUACAGCGACAACUUUCACCCACGGUGGAACUGGUGGGGACGCAAACACUCUCUCGAUUGGCGUCGAUGAGUAUAUCACGUCGAUGGAGGCUCACUGGGGAAAGAAAAAUGAUCACACGCGCAUCUUCUAUUUAAGCUUUGGUACCAGUAAGGGCAACACGAUAUCGGGAGGCACCAAGACAGCAGAAAGCAAGUCGGUAACAGCUCCAGAGGGCUUCCAGCUUGGAGGAUUCUUUGGUCGUGCAUCGCUCCAGUUGCAGAUAAUUCAACACCGCAACCAGCUACUCCUUCAGUAG